CUGGCCACUCAUUACUAAAAUAUUUGACAUAAAAAAAUACAAUUACAAAUGGCGUUUACGUAGUGUAGACAGAUGUGUUCACGGCCACGAUGGGCGAUGAUUCUUUGAUAUUACGAGAAGAUGGUUAUAUACGUAUGAACUUUCCUGUUACUUCUCUAACUUAUCAUAGCAAUUUAAAUAUAAUUUUGGUGAAGACUGACGUAGGUGGUGUACACGUUUUGGAUGUGAACUCGGGUGUGAUACUGCAGUCCUCUUGUCUAUCAGCGGAUGAUACGAAUACGCUUGGGCUGGAAUAUGCUGCGGGCGCGGAUCGUGUGUUCGUGUGGGACAGCAGCGGUGUCGGUGCGCGCACCGACUACAAUGGAGUGCUUCUCCUGCACACGGCGCUGCAACGCCCGCUGCCGUCUUCACAACCCGACAAAAUCAUAAGGAUUGAACUUGUGCUAUCCGAGGCUGUGCUCCUAUACCAAUGUCUUCAGAGUCUAGACGCACACUCCAUCGAGGGUCUCACAGACUUCAUUAACGAACUGAAGAAAUCAAUCGACAUCGAACCUGUCAGAAAAGGUGUCAAAGCCCAAAAAUGGAGCACAGUGACGAUCUGCCUACCACAGUCCACCCUCCGGCUGGUGACGACGGGCGUCGUGCAGGAGCUGAAGGGCCAGAACCGGCGGAUACCGGCGCUGGCCAUCGCCUCGGCCGUCGGCCAGCGCGCUAACGAGCUGGUGCCCUGCUCCCGCGACGAGGAAACCCGCCCGCUCAUGUACAGCGAGGCCGAGAGGAAGGAGACCUUCAAGCGGUGGCCGCACAUGGACUACAAAUGGGCUCUCCCCGCUCGCAUGGCCCAGGCGGGGUUCUACCACCAGCCCUCGCCGAGCGGCGACGACCGCGCGAUGUGCUUCACGUGCCUCGUGUGCCUCGUCUGCUGGGAGAAGUCCGACGAGCCCUGGGUCGAGCACGAGCGACACUCGCCCAACUGCCCCUUCGUCAGGGGCGAGUACACGCACAAUGUGCCCAUCUCCGUUACCAACGCGACAGCAUGCGCGGUCCCCUGUACCAAUGUCACUGUAGUGUCAAAGGGCAACACGGGCGACUUGAUCGCGACUGGUACUCCGGAGGGCAAGGUCAACAUCUGGCGGUUCGACUGCGGACUCAAACUUGUUAAGUUUAUUCACCUGUCUCCGUAUGACUCAAUAUUCAGCGGAAUAUUAGCAACCGAUACUAAUAAAGUAUGGUCUGCCAGCUUGGAGAAAGAUAGUUCCACGUAUGGCGUCGAACUGACGGCAAUGGCAUUCGUCGGCAUGACGUCACAGCAAGAGACUUACCCACAGUCACAGAACAAUGAAAGCACAGAAAAGGAAACCAACACCAACAAAACGAAGCCGUCUCUCAUCUGCGCCGUCAUCAUCACCAGGACCAACACCACGCAGACAGACCAGCCCAUCAAAGAAGACUCCAGUAAAGCACUCUUCGACUCAGGAGCUGACAAAGAAAGCGUCCAAGCUAUGAAUGACCAAAACGAAGCUAAGAACAACCUAACAACAAAUAAAAUGCUGUUCCUACUAACAUAUGACAUACAUAGCUCGUUAGCCGGAUCAAUAACAACAGUAGUCCACACAUCCAACAGCAGUGGCAACUCCAAGCCGGGAGGUAGCAAGAAAGUUUGUGCCGUAGCAAGGACCGAUGACGCAAAUAUAUACGACGAAAUAUACUUCCAGUACUCUGACGAAGACACCGAGCUUCCACAAUGCACAAAUAGCUCGCUAGAUGAGCAGAUAAGUAAUGUUAUUAAUCUCAAUGCAUCGUCAAGCAAAGAGGAUUGUAAGAUGUGGGAACCCAAGAAGAUAAUACUUCCAAAGCAUUUCAAAGUCAUGCCGCCGCCGCCGCCGACUGCACUGCUGCCUGAGUUACAAGAGGCCGGACAAGCAACCAUGCUUGACUUCGUGGGCAAGAUCUCGCAGUUGAAAAGUUGGAAGAGUGGCAACUUGGACUCUGUCGGUACCAAACUCGCCGAUCAGACAGACGCUGUAUUACAACAGGCUGAUCCUAUAACCCACUAUCUUAACAUGAACGGACCUCUAGAGAUAUCAGACUUGAAGUGGUACGAAGGUGGAGAUGGUACCGAAAAAGCCAAAGUUACCACAUUCGGAGGAGGAAGUAAAGUUGGAACUCAGACUGCUAUUACUAACAGUAACAAUGACGGGUUCGAUAGCGAUCCACCGCAGGAAGAGGCUGUCUCACAAGGCAUUGCUAUACAGUGCCUCAGUCUUCCCGCAAAAUUGAACUUGAAAGACGAUUCUAAGGUCACACAUUUGUUACCAACAGAAGAUAAAGAGCAUUUACUCAUUGUAAUAUCAAGUAUUGAGCCCGAGAAGGUGAAGGUCCUCGGCCUCGAAGAGACGGAUAACGACGGUGACACUAAAAUGGAAGUUGAUGAAGUCAAUGAACCAAGUGAUAAACCGAAAAAUGAAGCUAAAGCCUACUUCAUUCUUUACAAAAUCAACAGUAAGACGUCAAUAUACACCUUGGAGGACAAUCCUGUGUCCGUCAAAGAGUUGCCGUUCAAUGAAAGCCCCGUAGACUUGUGCUUACUUCCCGCCGAUAAACACGAUCAGUAUUCCUUUGCAGCCGUCGGCAUCGAUGGCAGUUUAAGAUUGUAUUCCCUGCCAGAUUUCAAGACCUUGUCAGAAAAGCGAGUACCGAAGGGGCAGUUUACGUCGGUGGUGUUCUGUGCUUCAGUUGAGCGAUUAAGCGUUUCGACUAAACACGGAAUGAUUUACUUCUACGCUUUGAAUAACGGUGAAAAAGACUCCACUGGUGAUAUUGACGAAGACGAGUUCGCCAACAUUGAUUUCGAUAUGUUACAGCGAGCGCCGAGAGACGAAGUCUGUGGGCCUACACCAGCGCCCGUCAUUAUUGCAAACAAGACUGAACUAGACUUGUCAGAUUUAGAAACUUUGAUAUCUUUAACUGGGUAUUAUGGUACUAAUACAACAGUGCCUUACAGCGCGGUUGUGCCUGGCUUUUGGUGCGAGUUGUCGCCUGCACAGAGAUCAAGAUCUGACCAUCAGAACAAUAGGACUUGGAGAUUACAAAACACAUCAUCAACAUGGGAUGAACAUGUACUAGAACUCACUUUGCCAUAUAGCGUAUCAUUGGCUCACAUAGAGUUUGGCUUUACCUUACACUCGGCCUGCUCAGCAAAUCUUCCAAUAAUAUUAGUGACACUCUUGAAACAAAAUUUACAUGGCAUUGGCUAUAAGAAAGAUGCGUCUUUCGGUCAUCGACCAGACUCCCCCAUACAUUUCCCAGUUAUAGAUGCUGACAUGUCUAAUUUGGAGAAUCCAAUCAAUAGUGAAGAGUACUUGCAGGCACAUAACGCUGAAAUAUUAGCGGGGCCACUGUUACUGUCGUCAGGGCUGGACCUAACGCAACAAUCCGGAACAUUAGUUCUGACCAGUCCUCGCUUGUAUCGAGCUAGAGGAAGGACCUUCUUAAUCCAUAUCAAAACAAUGUUUGACCCAGCUAAAGACAUGAGUAAGGGGACCAAUAAAACUGGUGAGAGCAGCUUAAAGAAAGCUGGCUUUAUUGGGUGUGAUUGGCUGCACCAGAUCUCAUUGACGGUUCGCUCUAGUCCUCACACCGACGUGCCCAUGGAGAGACAGCAGCGGAUAGCGAUGCUAGAAUCAAAUAGUUUCUUGAACUCUCUGUGCGAAAUAGCCAUAAGCAGUGGAGAUCUUGAGAAGAGGAAUAUCGCAAUGGACCUACUGAUAUGGGUGGUAUCGAUAAGACUGCAACGCAUGCGGCUGGCUAAGACCGAGAAAGGCAAAGACAAGAGUGUGGAAACACAGCAGUUAGAGUGUGUAAAGAUCAUUGAGAAACAUGUAGAUGCCUUGAUCAAGAACUGUAUACUGUGUGCGAACAGAAGUAUGGCAAAGAAGUGCGUCAAGAUUAUUCUGAUAACUAGCGAGGGCGAAAAACAGCUGCCUAAGUCCCGCAAGUCGUCAUUCGAGACGACGCUGUCAACCAGCGUGUGCGAGUGCAUCCCGUACGUGGGUGCGAGCGUGUCGGCGGGCGCGCUGCGCUGGCUGGCCGCGCUGGCGCAGCAGGCCACGGGCCGCGCCACCGCGCCCGCGCUCGUCGCCAAGUGUCUGGCGCUGCUGGAGAGGACCUCGCGCUGUCUCACGGAUAGGCCUGAUGUGUACCACAGUCUAUUGAGAGCAAGGUUCGGCUUGUACGGUCUGCCGCUCGAGCGUACAAUAUUCGCAGUCGAUGUGCCGGAGUUAGGCCGCGGCACUUCCACUCCUGUGACGUACGCCAGCGUACUAGCGGGCGACACCAGCGUCCCUCCUGUCGCCAAACCCGACUACCAGCUGAAGGAACUGCUCAAUUUGCCACUUGAUAUGGACACCAAAAGCGGGCCUUCAUCUACCGCAUGGUGGGCUCAGAACAACGGCGUGGGCGUGUUCGGUGCGGGUCUGAGCGAGGCCAUGCCGCUGCACGUGACGUGCCACGUGGCCUCGGACGGCACCAAGCUGGAGUCCAGCGGCGCGCGCCACCACGCCGCCGUCGUCAGCUCGCUGCCCGGCGCCGGGCCCGGGGACCCCAGCCAGAUUUUUGCCCAGCAGCUGUGGUCAGUGGUUAAGGAAGGUCAGAUGAAGCAAUCAUCUCAAGACCCAGAUUCUUUAGAGGAUGUUGAGAGCUCUCUUAUGGAAUGUGACCCUCAUGAUAAGAUGGAGUUCAAUGAAGAAAAAUUGUUCAAGGAGCAGGAGCAGUGCGGCAUCCCGUGGGCGUCGCUGGUGACCCGCCCGCCGCAGCACACGCUGGUGGUGGAGCGCAUGCACUCGGGCGCGCGGCGGUACAUCGUGCUCGACUUCGGACACGCCGUGCGCCUUACCGAUGUCAUAAUACCGUCUUGCUCGGACCUGGUGACACUGUGCAUCGAUAUCUGGGUGACUGGCGAGGAGACGGACUGCGUGAAGCUGGCCUUCGCCACCGACAUCGCUACCAAGCACCUUGUGCUCACCGAUAUACAACCGCCGCCGCUCUGUCGGUAUAUGAAGAUAACCACGAUAGGCCGAUACGGUAUGUCCGCAAUGAAAUGUAAGAUCCCCCUCGGCUGGUUUUACGGCGAAGUGGCGGAGAUCGCGAACGUGCAGGCCUCCGUCAACGCGCUCAAUGCGCUGCACCAAGAUCUGACGUGCCGGUUCAGAUUAGCAACCGGCAAGCUAAUGGACUUACUUAACCCAUACCUCGAAUUAUACAACGGCAACGCUGCCCACAUGAUGUCUUACUUGAAUCUCGCUAACGACACCGACACUAAAGUGGUGACUGCGUACCAGGAGUGCAUAGAGCUGCAGCAGCAGAUCCACACAUGCACCAACAUAUUGAAGAAGUUACAGAACAGUACCGAUGCUAGUAGGAACCUACCGGUGUUGAUAGAUAAAGGACAAGUGUCCUCAGAAGCGCUACUGGAAGCCGCCUCUACAGACAAACUGAGAGUGAUCAGUGAGAAUAUCGUUGAUAUGUUGUUGUAUUUCUACUUUCAAAUGGGAGAUGUGCAAUACGCGGAGGUGGGUCGCUCGUGGUGCGUGACGGUGCUCCCGCUGGUGUGGGAGUGGGGCGGGCGCGGCGCGGGCGCGCUGGCCACGCUGGUGGCGCGCGUGUGCGGCGCCGCCGCCUGGUGGGGCGCGCACCUCGCCGACACGCUCACCGCCUCCUUCGCCGCCUACGACGCGCCGCCCACCUCGCUCGACAAAUGCCUAGUGCUGAUCAUCUACAUGUGCCGCAAGAGCCUGUACUCGCACGCGUCGGCGGAGGGCGGCGUGGCGCCGGCGCUGGCGGCGCGCGCGCUGGAGCUGGUGCGCGCGCCGCGGCCGCAGCCCGCCGUCACGGCCGCGCUGCUCACCGCGCUGGCCGCCGUGCUCGACACCGUGGCCGCGCACAACAACAGGCACGCCAGAUGGGAUUGGGUGACUGGCGGUCGCGCUGGCGGCAACUGCGGAUCUGGUAGCGAGACGGCAGCCUCGCCCCGUGCUGCCGAGUGCAAGCUGCACCGACGCAAGCUGCACAAGAAGCUGCUGCACCAAAUGCAGGAGCUGGAAGCCGCCCGGAGAGGCAUACAGGUCGCUCUUGAGGACCAACAAGUAUUGCAGCGCGCGCGGCUGAACCUGAAGGCGCGCAUGGCCAUGGUGGGCAAGCGCGGCGCGGCGCGCGGCGAGGCGGCGUGCGGCGCGGGCGAGCUGCGGCCGCGCCCGCUGCCCGCGCCGCUGGCCGCGCGCCUGGCGCACGCGCUCGUCGCGCACAUGCUGGCCGCCGACACCUGCGCGCACGCCGACGCGCUCAUGCUGGCCGCCAAGGUCGUUGGACGACUAUGCGCCCUAUCCGGUGGCGCCAGUCUAUUGGACCCGUCAUGUAUUCUCGGUCUAGCGCGAUUAGCGGUCACAUUGCCGCCCUGGCCGCAACAUGCACUUAUCACGUUACUACAGGACCUGGGCGAGUACGAGGGCGGCGAGUCCCCGGCCAGCCCGCCCGCGGAGGAGUCGUGGUGCGGCGCGGGGUCGUCGCGCGUGAUCCGCGUGCACGCGCCCGCCGCCGCCGGCUCGGCCGCCGCGCCCGCGCACCAGGCGCCGCCGCAGCCCAAGCCGCGCAAGUUCAAGGGACCCACCGUCGCAGAUUUGUUAGCGGAUAGUUUUGGUAUGGGGAAGACUACCAACUUCAAGCCCAAAAUAUUUUCCACAGCAGGUGGCAAUUUUGCAAUUAUCGACGUUGAGGAGCAACUCACGCAAGUAGCGGAGUCUGAUGACUCGGAGUCCUCCGAGGAGAAACUUGAACAAUGCUUUAUUGACGCUGUUAAGAAGGAGACCAGGACCAAGAUUAUGGACUGCACAUUCAUGGAGAACGUGAUCUCCUUGUGGCUCACACUGAACGGCUCGGCGUGGGGCAGUGCUGGCGCGUGGUCGCUCGCCACGCUGGCCGUGCCCACCGACACGCCGCGAAUACGUCUGGCCUCCGACACCGUCAACGCUCUGCUGCAGUCGCUCUGCACAUUGGAGAACAUAUCACUACGAUGUUGGGUGCUUUCAAUGCAAGCUUUGGCGUGGAUUGCCAGCUUACCGUUACAGACUGAAGGAAACAGUACGCAAACCAUGGGUCGCGUCAUUUUGGAAUGCGAGCAUUUCGUCCCGGCACUCGUCAAGUUUGUCACCAUGAAUGUUAACACUGACGGUGCUGUGGCUUCUUCGGAACCGUAUUUAGGCGGCGCUCAGAUCGGCGCGGGCGCGGGCGCGGCGUCGGCGCUGCACUCGGUGGUGUCGCGCGUGAUCUGCGCGCGCGGCGCGGGCGGCGCGCUGGCGGCGCUGCGGGCCGUGUGCGGCGUGUGGCGCGCCGGCGCCGACGCGGGGCAGGCGCACGACCUGCAGGCCACGCUGCUGCGUCUGGCGCACCCCAUGCUGCAGGUGCUCAGCGCCAGGCAUGUGCACCACGCCACGCCGCUCUUCCUCACCGUCGCGCACCAGUCGGUGUGGUGGGUGCGCGAGAGCUGCGGCUGGCGCGGCGAGGGCGGGUCGGAGGCGCGGCUGUCGGGGCUGCUGGCGGACGUGCUGGCGGGCGGCGGGUCGGGCGCGGUCCGGCGCGCGCCGCUCCGCCGCGCGGUUCUCGCGCAGCUGCUGCACUACUGCCGCAAGCUGCUCUCCGUGCCGCUGCCGCCGCACCAACUGCCUGCCAGCUCAUCAUCGUCGGCGUCGGUAUCGACAAGCGGCGAGCAGUCGCAGACGGACGAGAGCAAGGCGCAGCACAGCACCGCGCCCGAGGCCACCAACGUGGAGGACGAGCGCAAACAGCAGGCUGCCAGGACACCCUGCUUCGCCGAUACUGUAUUACAACAUCAGCAAAUUAUGCAGAAGUUCUACCGUACGCUGUCGAUCUGCGAUGGAAUGAAUACCGCUGCAUUGAAUUCAGGUAUGACUUCCGAGCCGUCGUCGCUGAAGGAGGAGGUGUUCUGGCUGGUGGCGCACAUGGCCACAGUAGCCUCUAACCCGGCUCUCAUGGUCACCAGUCUUAUGGAAUUCCUUAAAAAAGAAGAGGUCGUGAAUCUAUCGCAAGCGAUGCAGCAAUUGAUCAUACGCGUGCUGGACUACCCUGAAGCUCUCACAGCAUUUAUAGAAGCCGGUGGAUUAGAACUGGCCUUAGAGAAACUCACCGCAUGCCAUCAGGCGGGACCAAGCAGCGGUCAAGGUUUGGUCUCAUCGCUCAUGAACUACCUAAAGCUGCCGCCUCAGAUGAUCAACAUGUCGACACCAGCUUCGGCCGCCAACAAGAAGAACCAGCCGCCGGUCAUAGAGACCGCUAACGGCCUGGUCAAUAUAGCGCCGCUCUGCUCGGUGUCGUGCGGCAACCCGACGGCGCAGGCGGCGGACGUGCUGCUGGACGGCGGCGGCGGCAUGAGCGUGCGCGGCGCGUGCGCGGCCCGGCGCGUGCGGGCCGCCGCCUGGUCCUACCACUUCUUCAGCGCGGACGACGCCAGCCUCGCGCUCACGCUCACGCUGCCCUACGCCGUGCAGCUGCACGAGGUCCAGCUGCAGCCGCAUCUCACCAGCCUCGCCACGUGUCCGGGCGCGGUUGCCGUAGAAGCCGGGUGCGGUGGCACACUGGCCCCAUUGGGCCCGCCGCAGAACACUGCUGGCAUGACCUUCAUUCGCCUGGUGGUAGCUCGGCCUAUCGUCUGCACCACUGUACAGAUUCGACUCUACAAACCGAGGGAUUCCUCCAACAUGGGCUUGUUGCAGCUGAGGCUGCUUGCUGCUCCUGCAUUUAAUAGCAAUUCAGCCAGCACGCCUAAUACCAGCAACAAUUGGGCGUGUGUGGUAGCGGCGUGUACCCGCGCGGGCGGCGCGGCGGGAGCGGCCGCCGGCGCCCGGCUGGCGCGCGCUCGCGGCGGCGGCGCCGUCAGUGCGUUGUGCGCAUGCGCCGCCGCGGGCGGGCCCGCCGCCGCGCACGCGCACGCAGCCCUGCUAGCUGCUGCCAGACACGCGCCCGCACUGCGGGGACCACUCGUCACCGCGCUGCUCAACAUGGACGCAUACGCACAUGCUCACGCCUUCCAGGUGUCGACCAGUGGUCGCGUGAACGGCAGCAUGUGGGCGGUGUGCGAGCUGGUGCGGCAGCUGUGUCGCUGGUGCGCGGACGGCGCGGUGGCGGCCUACGUGCAGUGGCUGGCCGCCGCCGCCGAGCUGUGGCUGCGCCAGCGCGAGCCGCCCUCCGCCGCGCUCACGCACACGCUUGCCUCGGUAUUAUGGACGCUAAAAGAGAAGCGUAUCCUAGAGAACUUGGAAGAAUUGAUCACUGACGAUCUGUUUGAACUAGUCUACACAUGGGUGAAGGAUGUGCCCGAGUCAAGUCUACUGAAGAAAUCACUCGAUGCCAUUCUAUGUUCGAUGUGCUACAUCCGACCGGAGCUGUUCAUUAUGCUGUUGGAACACAUGGACAUACCAAUGUAUCAAGAUGAAAGCAUGGAAGGUCUGACAGACGACACGAAGGUGCAGUCCCCGUGCAGCAGCAGCAGCGGCAGCGGCGCGGGCGGGCGCGCGGGCGGCGAGGCGCGCGUGUCGUGGGAGGCGCGCGGCUGGCAGCUGCAGAGCAUCGCGGCCGCCGCCAUGUCGCCCGCCGCCACGCUGGCGCUGCUGCACUCGCGUCUGCCCGCCGCCGUCGUCAAGGCCAUCGUCGAAUUCAGCGAAGCCAAACUAGAAAUGAUAAAAGCGCAGCGCAGCUCACAAGAGGACGUGCAAAUGUCGGAUGCCGACAGGGAGUCUGCGCGAGCCAAGCCCGAGCUGCCGUCCAUGAAGAGUGUGUGGCAGCUGGUGGAGUGGGCGCGCGCCGUCUGCUGGUCGCGCAGGCUCAAGGACUGGCUCGGCGGGCCCGGGAACACCUUCUGGAAGCCGCUGCUCACGCUGCUGUGCCAUCCCAGACCACCCUACAGCACGUGGCAAGAGGAUGCUCAAUAUGCUCAACUGGAAGAAAGCACGAUCCGUUUGUUCGCCGAGUUGACAGUGUGCCACCCUGCUAAUCAGAAGUUGUUUGCAUCCACAUUGCAUAGCAUUCUAGAGUCGAUGCACUGUACUGGUCCGGAGGGCAUCUCCGGGUUCACGCGCGCGCUGAUCCUGCGCCUGGUGCUGUCGCCGGAGCGCGUGUGGGUGUCGCUGCGCUGGGCCGAGGGCGGCGCGGGCGCGGCGGCCGCCGGCUGCGCGCACCCCGCCUUCCUGGGCCACAGCGUGCUGCCGCUGCCGCUCGCCGCCACCGUGCGACAUCUGCUGUCCGACCAUCGCCCGCCCGUACCGAUAAUGGAAGAUAGCGCAAAAGUAUGCAUGAACACAGCAUCAGCCUGCGGGGGUAGCUCGGUACUCCGAAGCGCGUCAGACACCGCGAUCACUACCGCGGCGGAGGCCUGGGAACUAAGUCUGGCCGCCGCCAGCGCUUCCAAGGACAAGCGCGUCAAGGACGUCAAGAAUACCUCACUCAAACAAGCCAGUAGCAAGAAGAGACAGACCAAGACCAGUAAUGAUGCUUCGGUGCUCUCUGUUACUGAUGAUCUAAUAGACACGACAAUCCGAGUGCAAGUCCCCGGGCUUGAAGGGUUCAUCCCUCCGAGCACAACACUCGCGCAGUUGACAGCCGUUGUACCACAUGUAUUUGGGCCACAUCUCGCGUUCACGCUACAUCUUAACACUAACGGAGCGUGGACGGGCCCUAGCUGGGACGCCGGGGCGGCGGCGGGCAGCAGCUCGGGCGCGGGCGCGGGCGCGGGCGCGGGCGCGGGCAGCAGCGCGGCGGGCUCGGGCGUGCUGCGCUGGUUCGGCGCGGUGGGCGGCCUGGCGCUGGUGGCGGCGCGCCUGCCGCGCCCGCACGCCGCGCCGCCAGACCCGCCCGCGCUGCUGCACCAUCACCACGACCUCGACUGGGUCAAGCUCGACGACCCCUACGAGGAGGUGGUUGAACUGGGCGUCAGUUCAGCCAACAACGGCAUGGAGGAGAGCGGGUGUACCGGAGUGCCGGCGCACGCACUAGUAGCGUUAGGCCUCUUGCUCAAAUUGCCGGGCUAUGCGGACGCCUUGCUGGAUGAGGGCGCGAGGGCAUGCCAUCUACUCAGACUACUGCUCGGAGUUACGCAUGAUGAGGAUGGACGCAGCAUCGCGGUGGGCGACCCCCGCGGCGGCGGCGCGGGGUCGCUGGGCACGCUGCCGUUCAGCGUGGUGGCGCGCCUGCUGGAGCGCGCGCCGCGCAACACGGACGACGGGCGCGCGCUGCGCCGGGCGCUGCUGGCGCGCGGCGCCGUGCGCCUGCUGCUGGCCUGCCUCGCCGUCUUCACGCACCACCGACCCAACUCCAACGAUAACAGCCAAGCUUCAAACGGUUCAACGGGCAAGUCGGAAGAGAAGAGCCAGUUGUAUUGGGCGAAGGGCACGGGCUUCGGCACGGGCUCCACGCAGCAGUCGUGGAAUGUCGAGCAAGCGCUCGUGCGACAGCGAACGGAAGAAGAACACGUCACAGUUCUGCUACAGGUGUUAGCAUCAUACAUGAACCCCGGUGAGAAGUGGCCGCCGGAGGAGGGCGCGGCCGAGAGCGCGGAGCGAGACGGCGACGCGGACGACUCGCACGACUUGCCCGCUGAGUUUAUUGAACUCGUCGCCAACAGCUCACUAGUCCCUGCUAUCUGCUCAUAUCUCAGAAAUGACUCAGUGCUGGACAUGUCGCGGCACAUCCCGCUGUACGUGCACGUGCUGCGCUGCGCGCGCGCGCUGCACGCGCUGGGCGCGCGGCGGCUGGGCGGCGCGCUGCGCCCGCUGCCGCGCCUGCUCGCCAUGAUGAGCCGCACCACCAACUCCUACGCCACCAAGCUAAGAAUGAGCAAGAAAAAUAUAUUCGGUAAAAUGACAUAUAGCCAAAGAUUUAGUACUUCAAGUAAUUCAGAGUUGUCCGAAGAAGACGAAGGACUCGCCGCACUUAUUGCUGAUAUACAAGCAACGUCAGCGCUGAUGUGUCGUCGGAGAGCGAGGCGGAGUCCGGGCGCAGCAGCGGCGCGCCGCAGCCGCUCAGCGGGGCCUCGCGCGAGGGCGCGCUACAUCGAGCUCAUGCGGACCAUGCAGUUUGAGACGUUCGAGAUGAUCGCGGAGUGCGCGGAGAACGGGUUCCGCUUCCUGGUCCCGUACCACUUCGAGGGCGCCGUGCGCGCGGCGGGCAGGCGCGCCCACCCCGCGCGCAUGAAGCGCCUCGCGCAGGAGGCCGCCACGCUCGCCACCUCGCUGCCGCUCUCCUACUCCUCCUCAGUCCUAAUAACGGGUCCGUCGGACACGCCAUACGCGAACGGCUGCUUCGUGCUAGACGUGUACUUCCCGGCGGAGUACCCGGCGGUGCCCAUGCUCAUCAACCUGGAGACUACGGGGCGCCACUCCGUGCGCUUUAACCCUAACCUGUACAACGACGGCAAGGUGUGCCUGUCCGUACUCAACACCUGGCACGGCCGCCCCGAGGAGAAGUGGAACGCGCACACCUCUAGUUUCCUACAGGUAAAUAACUGGUGUCACUUAGCUUAUUAACCUUUCGUGUGUUUUAGACGUGGAUCCACGUUCGAAAAAUCUUUACCCUCGUGUGCCUAAGCGUGGAUCCACGUCCAAAACUAACAAACUUUUUAAAUGCGAUUUUGUUCUCUAUUCUUUGGACUUUUGGGUAAAUUUUUUUUUGCAACGAAAACGUACUGAAUGAAUCUGUCACGGGCGGCCAUUAGACUGAAUGGAUUUCGUCAUGGGAAUGGGAUCGACAAGUAAAAACAAGUGCAUUCUGGUGACACGUGCGACCGGUGAAAUUCCUUUUGUGUGAUUCUCACGAAAAUAAACAACUGAAUUCAUCAUGGUUGUGGUCCUGGAUCUUGACCGGUUUUUGCAUAAACGCGACUAUAUUUCUUGCUAUAAAGGAGAGUGUAUGUGGCCAUGGGAGGAAACCCAUUUCUUGCGGGAAAAUAUUUGUCAUAUUUGCCACACGGAAGUUAAUAACUCCAUAAGGCACUUCCGUGUCAUCAUGAGUAGAAAUACAAUUCGUCGGCUUCUACUAUCAAAUUUUUUCUGGUGCAAAUGUGGUUAUAGUGUAUAUGAUCACUAUCCCCAGACGAAUGUUGCUCAUAAAUUCUUAAUUUUAAUUUGAUUCUUUUUUUAAAUUCAUUGAUCAGAUCAUUCCAAGAAGAAUAUGUUUUUAUUUUCAAAAAUAAAAUUGAUUUCUUAAUCAAAUUAACUCAUUUUCUCUACGUGGACACAAGAAGGUACUAGGCAAGAUCUACGUCGUCCAAUAAACUAUUAAAUGGCAUAAUUGACUAACUGGUAAUGGAGCCAGACCGAAUUAUUGACGACGUCGGGCUUCCCGAAGCCAGCACUUCAAAAAGUGUGGGUACCGGAAGACAUUUUCCCGAUGACGACGAUUAUGAUUGGCAGCCUAAUCAAAGGCCUCAUGACCUUGAUAUGUCUUAUUCCGAGAUACUCAGUGGGCCAUUAGGCGAGGAGCUAAGAGUGGAUUCGGGCAGUGAGGAAGAGGAGGAACCUAUGUCGCUGGAGGAGCUUCGAGCUAUCCUGGAAGAGACAGCCGAAGAUGUUGAGGAAGAUCCCGAAGAACACGAGAGGCUGUCUGAAUCUUUCAAUUGGUCAAGCGAUUAUAGUACAUUUAGAGGUCAACCGGAAGUUUAUUCCCAGGCAGGCGAGCGAGGUCCCAAUAUUAAGGAAACAGAUCCUCUGAAGCUAUUCACUCAUGUUUGGGAUCACGAUAUAAUGAACAGUAUUGUGGCACAGACCAACGAGUAUGCCUGGCAAACGAUAGCGCAAGCAUCCGAGUUACCGGACGGUAUCUCGGCGCAUUCUCGAUUAAAUGAUUGGGUAGAAACCACUACUGAUGAGCUGUACAAGCUCUUUGCGGUGAUGAUUUUUAUGUCGCUGAUGGUCGCAGGACGUGUGAGUGAAUACUGGAGCACGGGUACCCUGGCCAUGCCAGGUUUUCGUAAACUUAUGAGUAUAAAACGGUACUGGCUACUCAUGCGUUUCCUGCACUUUGUCGAUAACAAUACUAUCAGUGUUCAUGGUUCCGAUCGUAAAGUUGCUAAGAUACAACCCAUCAUUGACCAUUGUAAUAAAAAGUUUAAUAGCAUGUACACGCCUCGCAGAGAAAUAAGCAUUGACGAAUCGUUGCUGCUUUUUAAAGGACGCUUGAGUUGGAUUCAGUGUAUCCGUACAAAAGCAGCACGGUUUGGUAUCAAAUUUUAUGAACUUUGGCGAGGCGGUUACAGGCUAUUUGCUCAAAUUUGAGGUUUACACGGGAAAAAAAUAUCCACAGACAGGGGACUCUGCGGAGGACUCCUUGUAUGGCUUUACGAGCGCAAGUGCGAAAGUGGUGCUAAGGCUCAUGCAAAGAUUCCUCAACAAAGGUCACUGUCUUGUAAUGGAUAACUUUUAUAAUUCAGUUACUUUGACACGAUUUUUAAAGUUGAAUAAGACCGAUGUCAUCGGAACUCUGAACAGGCGAAGAAUGGGGACACCGAGGGACAUACAAAUUCUCAACGAAAGGAAACUUCAAAAAGCAGCAGUGGUAAGUAGACACUGUGGUGACGUAUCUGUCUUAUCCUGGAAAGACGUUAAAUUAGUAACCACAGUGUCGACUUACCACAAUGCGGACAUGUUGCCUGGAAGAAGAGCAGGACAACAAAUAUUGAAGCCUGUGGUUGUGCACGACUACAAUAAGUACAUGGGCGGUGUAGAUUUAAAAGAUCAAAUGCUGUCCAUGUACUUAAUGGAACGCAAAAGGGGGAUGAAAUGGUACUUGAAAGUGUUCAAACGGCUAAUAAAUGUUAGCAUUUUGAACAUUUUUAUCAUACAUCGCGAGAACAGCACAAAUCCCCUCAGCCACAGGCAAUUCAGAUAUAAAUUGGCGGAGCAACUGGCUCAGAAAUACCCAAAUUUGACCUUAUCUCGGCUAAUAAAUCCUCCUGCUCUUCUCCGCUUAGAUGGUGAUAAUCACUUUCCAAUCUAUGCAGAUUCUUUAGAAGAUCGAGCGGGGAGCAAAAGAAACAAAAUUAAAAGAAACCGCUGCGUUCGUUGCUCCUUAAAAAAAA